AAAUAAGAACAAGGAAAAAACCUCAGAACUUAUCUCUAACCCAUUGGUUGAAGAAACUACAUCAGCUUCUUCAUCCUCAACUCAAGAAAUGUGCAUAGAUGAACAACCUAAAAACUCUACUACAGAAGAGCAACAAGACACUUCCAGAACUAAUGGAAAUAAUAACUCUCAUAGCAACCUAACAAACAAUUCUACUACCAACAAAGAAACAGCACAAGAGGUAACUUCUCCUAUGGUUAUUAUCGAUAACAAUAACCAUGAACUGCAGGAACCUGACC